CAAAUGCUAAAUCAUUAUAGUGUAGUGUGGUGAGAGGAGUCACGGGAUGCGAUAAGAUGUUCAGUUCAGCUUCAGACAUCAUGAAGUGUGUGUUACUUGUGUCUCUUCUCUGUUCAUGGGUGGCGGUGUCGAGGGCGUGGGUGCUGUGGUCGAGGGAGUUGCCCCAAGCUGACCAGCCGCAACAAGACCAGGCAGAGGAGAGCAGCGGGACGGAGGUGCUGCGAAUGGUAGAGGCGCUGGGACGUGAGCUGAGUGACAUGGCGGGGCGGGAGGACGCGUGGCUCAACAGGUAUGAGGACGUGGCGCAGGCAAUGAAGGAAAACAACAAGGCCAGCGAGGAAUUACUCUCCAUCAGCAGGAUGGCGGUGCCGGUGAUCUGGAAUAUGUACUGGGGGAAUUCCAUGAUGCACUUCAUGACGGCGGUGUGGGAAGAGGGAGGCGUGGCGGGACAUGGCUUCUCUUCAAGGGGUCACGUGCCGCCGCCCCCUCCAAAGUUUGUGUUCGUGUAUCCCACUGAGCUGACGGCGGACAAGGCAUUCGUGAUUCAGGCCAUGGUUGUGCCCACCGCCGAGGCCAACCUCGGUUUCUGCGCGUAUUUUGAGCCAGAAGAAGGAGACGAGCUGGACUUCGAUAACGGUGAUAUUUUCUUCGCAUCACACAUCAGAUGGCACUUUGACUACGGAAACAGCAGAGAGAUAGCGUUCAAUGACAGAUACAACGGGGAGUGGUCACGUCCUGAGGUUACUGUCGGCGGCGACCAGUGGCCUGAUUUCACAGUUGGCGAGAGGUUCGUUAUCUCCGUGACAAAGAUGGGACCGUGCUUCAUCAUCAACAUCGUGCUGGGGCGGGAUUUGCAUGUCAGCAUUCCCAAGCCCAUGCAGGGAAUCACCUUCUGUCCCAAGCAACCAAGGACAGGUGACCCACGUAAGCUGUGGCUGACCCUGAACGAGGACAACGCUGGCGCUGGCGAGAUUAAGCUGCACUGGCUUACCUGGGUACCCCUGCGCUGGUAGGCAGGUGCGGUGAGGGUGGCACAGGGCGAGGGGACCUCACCUGUAAUGGCGGAGUAUUGUAGUGGUAGUACUAGGGUGUAUGUACGCAGUAUUGCCUCAUUUGCCCUUUGAGAACUGUAAUGUUGAUGGUAAUGGGAGAAGUUGGGAGGCCAGAAGUAGACUGUAAAAAAUAAUCAUAAGUAAAAAAAAUCCUGCUCUCAAAAAAAAAAAAUAAAAAAAAUAAUAAUUUCCUUUUUCUUUUUCUUUUUUUUUCUUUUUCUUUUUUUUUCUUUCAAAUGAACGGUCAGUUUAGUUUUGGAGGUGUCUUGGUGCUGGUCUCUUCAAACACUUCAAGUCAAAGGGAAAAACAGAAGCGAAUAUAGAGUUACUGAGUCAGCGCCUUCACACCCAGCCCUCCUCCCUGAGUGGCGCCACAUGCCCCACUGUGGCGGCGCCUUCACACCCAGCCAUAUCUCCCUGUGCUUUUGUGGCAAGAUAAACCAUGAAAACGAAAA